AUCUCUCCCUUCCAUUGAGUGCAACUGAGAUGCAAAUACCUCCACGAAAUUAAAACCUGUUCCAAGAAUUGCGUAUAGUGCGUAUAGUGACAAUAGCGACGCCCAAUUAAUGCGGUAUGCGUCAGUACUACUAUAUCGUUCAUUUUCGAUUGCAUUCGUAAAACAUCGUUGACGAUGGUACUGUCAUCAGUAGGCGAAAAUGGGAAACAUAUUUAACCCUUCGUAAGUUCGUAAACUACUAAUGCAGUGUGCGCACGUUGAUUUCGGUCAUUUUGCCUGGAGAUCUCCGGUUUGACAUACAUGGGAGAGGCCCGCGAUUUUUAACAUCGGUACUGCAAAAGAUAAAAAUAAUCGUCGAUUAAGAAAAGUACGAUGGCAGACUAUGUGAUUGGUGACACAAAACCGGCAGAUAUACCUCUACCGGAUGAUGGCCUUUCAGCAGCACAAUUAUUCGCUACCGGCGACGGUCUUACGUAUAAUGAUUUUAUUAUUUUACCCGGUUACAUUGAUUUUACCGCCGACGAGGUUGAUUUAUUAUCACCGUUAACGAAGAAGAUUAUGAUUAAAGCACCGUUGGUAUCAUCUCCCAUGGACACAGUUACAGAAUCCGACAUGGCUAUUGCCAUGGCUCUAUGUGGAGGAAUUGGAAUAAUACAUCAUAAUUGCACGCCUGAGUAUCAAGCCAAUGAAGUACAUAAGGUCAAAAAAUAUAAACAUGGUUUCAUUAGAGAUCCAGUAGUCUUAUCACCCAAUCACACAGUCAAAGACGUCCUAAAUGUGAAAGCUGAACAUGGCUUUUCUGGUGUCCCUAUUACAAAUACAGGAAAAGUUGGGGGAAAACUAUUGGGUAUUAUAACAUCUAGAGAUAUUGACUUUUUGGAAAGUACAACAAAUCAACAAUACAUAAAAUUGGAAUCAAUAAUGACAAAAUUAGAAAAUUUAAUCACUGCAACUGCUGGUGUUACAUUACAAGAAGCAAAUGUAAUUCUUGAGAAGUCUAAAAAAGGAAAGCUUCCAAUUGUCAAUGAAAAAGGGGAAUUAGUAUCUUUAAUGGCAAGAACUGAUUUGAAAAAAAAUCGUAGUUAUCCAAAUGCCAGUAAAGAUGAGAACAAACAAUUGUUAGUUGGUGCUGCUAUUGGCACACGCAAUGCUGAUAAACAAAGACUGCAACAUCUUACUACAGCUGGUGUUGAUGUUAUUGUUUUGGACUCUUCUCAAGGCAAUUCCAAGUAUCAAAUUGAUAUGAUUAAGUACAUUAAAUCAGAAUAUCCAGAAUUGCAGGUAAUUGCAGGAAAUGUUGUAACAACUACGCAAGCUAAAAAUCUUAUAGAAGCUGGAGCAGAUGCUUUAAGAGUUGGGAUGGGUUGUGGAUCUAUUUGUAUUACUCAAGAAGUUAUGGCUGUGGGAAGACCUCAAGCAACUGCUGUAUAUAAAGUUGCAGAAUAUGCAAGGAAAUUUGGUGUACCUAUUAUAGCUGAUGGUGGUAUUCAAUCUAUUGGACACAUUAUUAAAAGCUUAAGUUUAGGUGCUAGCACAGUUAUGAUGGGAUCUUUAUUGGCUGGUACCUCAGAGGCACCAGGUGAAUAUUUUUUUAGUGAUGGUGUACGUCUAAAGAAAUAUAGAGGUAUGGGCUCCUUAGAAGCUAUGAAUAGAAAAGAUGCACAUGGCUCAGCAAUGGAUAGGUACUUUCAUAAUGAAAUGGACAAAUUGAAAGUAGCUCAAGGUGUUAGUGGCUCAAUAGUUGACAAAGGAACUGUUUUAAAAUUCUUACCCUAUCUGUUAUGUGGCAUUAAGCAUGGAUGUCAAGAUAUUGGAGCAAAAUCUAUCUCUACCUUGAGAUCUAUGAUGUAUAGUGGAGAAUUAAAAUUUGAAAGAAGGACACAUUCUGCUCAGCAAGAAGGAAAUGUUCAUAGCCUGUUCUCAUAUGAAAAAAGACUUUUUUAAAUAGGUAAAUAUUAAAUGAGCACCUUACAAAAGGAGAAGUACCUGCAUUUAAUUGCAUAUAAUUUGUCAAUUUUAACAAAUUAUUCCCCGAAUUAUGUGAACUCACAUAUUUGCUUAUACCUAAAUAUAUAACCAAGUAAAAAUA